UGUACCUGCCUAAGUGGGGCGGCGAGUUCGAACUGGGAACAUCCCAUCAAUUUAAAAUCCCCACCAUUUAUUCAUCCUCCUAAAACUCCCACUUCCAAACUGUCGGGCCGAUCAAUUUUCCAUAAUCAAAUCUUUUUGGACUCACCGCAUAAUUCUGCCAUCUACUCGAACCUGAAGUGACGACAUUGUCAAUCAAACAAAAUGGGCCGCAAGCCCAAUCCUAUAAUCCUCGAGUUCUUCGAGCGCGGCGCCAAAUUGAAUGACAAUAGCAAUCGAUACCAUCAUACCUGCAAAAAUUGCGGCGAGCAUUUCCCUAAGGGUCGCAUUGACAGCCUUACGAAUCAUUUAACAAAAAAGUGCCCGGCGAUCAGUCAAGCCGAGAGAGCUCACGCGUGUCUUACCCUGCAUGGCUUUAACAAUAGUUCAAACAAGUCAAGAUUCGAAGGCCUUUUGCACACCGGUCCUAAUCAUGGCCCCUUUCCCGGCCAUCUUCCCGGCUCCUCUGUGGCCUCGCUCGAGCAAUCCCAGAAUCAGAUCUGGACACCCCUAGAGACCCUUGCUGAAGUCUCUCGUCAGAUCGAGGCCAAUGAGAAGCACGACGAUCAUGUCCCGACCACGCAAGACCCUACAGCUGAAGCUGUUCAAACAACCUUGGCUGACGCUAUCGUGCCUGUCGCAGCUACAACCAAUUCUCUUGAGCUCCACGAGCAGUUCACUCUAGAGAGCCCGCCGACCAAUGUGGACAACCAUUCAGAUUCAGAUAUUAAGGAUAUUUAUGUAUCGCACAAGCUCCUCACCGCAGAAGACACGCUCAGAGUAGCAUUCGAACAGAGAGAAAAAGCAAAAGCAGAGAGAGCAGAGAGAGCAAAGAGAGCAGAGGGAGCAGAGAGAGAAGAGAAAGGGAAACAGGGAGAAAUGACAGAAGAGAGGGCGAUAUUGGCUACUCAUUCCGCAUUGUCGGUAGCCGUAGCAGCAACAGCCCGUCUCAAUCCAUCUUUGUUAGACCCACAGCUAUUGACCGAUGAAGCUAUUCCCGAAACGCCUACCCACACCCAGUCUACCGAGAUGUUGAUUGACUACCCCCCUUCGCCGGAGAGACAGCACGAACAGCCGAAUACAAAUGGAUCGGCCACUCCUUGGGACGGUAUGACAUAUAUGUCAGAGGAUAUUCACGCCCCUGCAACAGUCAAUGAUCAUGGUCAGCACUUGGCAGCAACUCUGAAUAGGGGUGGCUUUCGCAUGGAUACAAGCAAUACUAUUCAUGGAGCCCGUCACCGCCAUAGCCGGGCGCGGUUCGAUUCUGGUCGCCGAAAGGAGGUUCAGGAGAUUCGUCGCAUUGGAGCAUGCAUUCGCUGUCGCAUCUUGCGCAAGACGUGCUCGAAGGGUACACCGUGCAAUGCCUGUAAGAAAGUUCUUGCACCUCGAAUUUGGCGCACCGGAUGUGUGCGAACCAAGCUCUCGGAGCAUAUUAACCUGUACUCAGCCGGGGUACAGGUCGUUAUGACCCAAAAGCGGAUCAAUGGCUAUAAAUCAAGCCAUAACCUGCAGAAUGCUGGGCUUACACUAGAAGUCUCACAUUUCCCCGAGACAGGACAUAAGGCUGUCUUCCAAGUUUUACAAGGAACUCCCAAGGAGAAGGACAACGGGUUUCCCAGCGACGAUAGCCCUAGCCCGGUGAUAUUACUCGACAGCAACGAGGACAUACCGGGAAAGGUUGAGGCCUAUAUGCGUGAAACUCUUCACGAGUUCAUCCGCCGUGAGCCGUCUCAUUACGUGCGAGUCACCUUGGAUGUGGCUAUCAUGGUCGCAAACGAUACCAAUGACGAACUGCUCAAAAGAUCUCUGGAACUAUGGGGAAUUGUUGAGAUGAUGGACCGAGAACGCCAAUGGACAAUGUUAGCAAAGCCUCCUGAGGAGGACAUCAAGGACUAUUUGAUCAAGGAUGAUUCUGACUGCGAAGCUUAUACCAAUAUUUGCAUGCAGCUCACCGCAGCAGCUGAGCGAAAGGCAUCCGCCGCUAGCAAAGUCCUACUGAAUGGUAUCCAGAAGCAUUUGCAAGACGGCAAAGCUAAACUUGGCUUUCCCAUGUUCUUGACUGUUAUGCUCUUCCUCAACUGCAUGGAGAAGACUACCUGGGCCUUUAAGGCAUGGGAUGAGGAGAACCUUCGGCCGAAGUGGCCGUUGGAGAAGCCACCCAGCAGCUUCACGAAUCAGGGACAGGAGUUGACUGAGCUGCUUAAAAUGCUACUAGUUAUCCGGCAUAUCCUUCCGAAGACCAUGGCCAUGGGCCCUGAGUUGCCCAUUGUGGCCAAUGAGAACGACCCGAUGGUACAGAACUAUUUCCACAAUCUCAAUGUCACCACUGCUUACCUGGAGGCGCGUCGCGAUCAGAACAACUUCCAGCCAACGGAUUCACGAUCUCUCGAGUUCUUAUUCUGUGCACCGCUCCUGCUCAACAACUAAGGGCCUCCCCUGGUCCUAUAUACUACUCUCUGUUAUAGGACACAUUGCAUUUCACACGAUUCUUGUACAAACCUUCCAAUUGCCUAUAGGCA